AUGAUUGAAGCAUUAGUGGAAUUCUGGAAUCCGUCGUAUUGCUGCUUUACUCUGGAUGGGGUAGACCUUGCUCCCACCAUAAAGGAAUACAUUUCACUAUUGCAUUUGGCUAAACUAUCGACGCCCUACAGAACGUAUGUGCUCGUUCAAACAUCUAUCAUCAAGGAUUCGUUUAGGGCCACCGAGGUUAAGGUCCAAAAUCUGGGAGACUCAAAGGUCACUUGGGAACACCUGAAAGAGUUGAUGAAGAAGGAGGGGAAGGAAGAAGCCCAGCUGCAUCUUCUGGAAUUAGCCAUCUACGGCCUGCUUAUCUUCCCGAAGGAACUAGGAAUCAUCGAUCGUGCCACCAUUGCCUUCAUAGCACAAGUAAGGGAAGGAGCGAAUCCAUUCUAUGGCAUUCUGGUUGAAACAUUUCGAUCUCUUAACAGAUGCCAGACCAGGAGACGUGCUCGAUUAGCUUGCUGUGUGCCAUUGCUUUAUGUGUGGAUGAUGAGCCAGUUGCCAUGCAUCCAAGGAUUAUUUCGCGCUUCUUUCUCAACGAUCAAAAUACCUUUAGUAGAGUUCGAGGUAGCUCGUUGGGAGGAACACGCCAACAGGACCGAAUGGAAAUAUAGACUACAGAAUCUAGUCAGCAAGGGGAUUGUAUGGCAGGCACCAUGGAUCGACCAGCCCAAAGUGAUAUACAGAUGCGGAAGCCUUCCUUGGGUCCCACUGCUAGGUCCCUGGGGUGGAAUAUCCUACACACCGCUUAUGUUCCAAAGGCAAGUAGGCGCAAUACAGUUCAUACCCAUGACCCAUGGACUGGCAAACGCUCGGUUCACAUAUGAGGAUGACGAUAGCCAAAGGAAGAUCCAGGAGUUUUUUGUAUCAUGGACGCAUGGGCACAUAGUCGAAGCAACUGGUCAGAACUCGGGAGUCCAGGAGAGUUAUGAGCUAUGGAAACGUGACAGGGUGAACCCUCGAGUCCCAUGCGAGGGAAAAACUCUGACAGACAAGAAACGGCCGAGAGAAACUACGUUUCCAUCUGAAAGAAUGACCUCCAGAGAACAGUUGCCAAAAUAA